AUGCCUGCAGUCACUGAAAUCGCGGCCCUUCACCUCAAGCCUGGUACAGACUGGACCAUUGCUACAGAGAAGGUGACAACGCGUAUCUUGCCCAAGGCCGGUUGCUUGCGAGUACGGUACUCUCAGAAGAUAGAAGACCCGGAACAGGUUGUCUUUUUUAUUGACUGGGAGGAUGUCUCGGCGCACCAGGCUGUCAUGAAGUCAGAGGCCUACGGUCCCUUCUUGGAGGAAAUGAUGCAGCUAGUUAGAGCAGACCCCGUCGUCUAUCACGUUCCGUUUGAGCCAUUUCCGGCGACUGUUCUCAACAACGAGGAUGGAAAGGGAAAGACCCCUAUUGCAGAGGUUCUCCAUGCAUACUUCCCUGCCGACAUCUCCAUGGUUCAGCAGCAGGAGGCUCUCAUCAAAGUUCAACAGUUCAUCGAUGAGAGCAAGCCGGUAGCCCAAGGCUUCAGUGGCGAGACAGCACAUGGUUUUGUGUUGGAGGAGGUCGAUUUCAAGGAUGAGAGAUGCCGCGCGUUGGUUGUUGUCCUAGGAUGGGAAAGCCUGGAGGCCCACAAGGCAUAUCGUGAGACUGAGGACUUCAACAGAACCAUCCCGUUGCUGAGAGGGAUGGAGGGACUUAAAGGGAUGCAGGUCUUUCAUGUGAGUAACCAUGUUGUCACUAGAUAA